CCGUUUGACGACAAGCCCAUGGAACCGGAGGAGUUCAUUGACAAUAAUUACGCAGCCGAGAGUGAAGAAGAAGAAGAAGUGGAGGAGUCAGAACCAAGUGAACAUGUGGACGAGGAAGCAUCACACUCGCCUGUAGACAAUCGUCAAUGUGAUGACCAGCAACUGCGUUUUGUUUUGCUCGAAUUCGCUCUGAAGUUCUAUCCAGAAUUAGCCGAGUGCAUCUCAAAGUGUGUAUCGAAUGAGGAGUGUGCCGUUGUCGAACCAGAGGAGCAGAAUUACAGCCCACCGUUUGACGACAAGCCCAUGGAACCGGAGGAGUUCAUUGACAAUAAUUACGCAGCCGAGAGUGAAGAAGAAGAAGAAGAGGAGGAGGAGGAGGGGUCAGAAUCAAGUAUACCUGUGGACGAGGAAGCGUCACACUCGCCUGUAGACAAUCGUCAAUGUGAUGACCAGCAACUGCAUUGUGCCUUGUUCGAAUUCGCUCAGAAGUUCUAUCCAGCAGUCGCCGAGUGCAUCUCACAGAGUGCGCCGAUUGCGGCGUGUCGCGUUGUCGAACCAGAGGAGCAGAAUUACAGCCCACCGUUUGACGACAAGCCCAUGGAACCGGAGGAGUUCAUCGACAAUAAUUACGCAGCCGAGAGUGAAGAAGAAGAAGAGGAAGGGGAGUGUGAAGAACGUUGUAAGUGUGAUAGAAUGCAGCUGCUCCAGUUUUUAGCAGAUUUCUUUCGAGAUGCAUACCCCGAAAUGGCUGACUGCAUACCGAAAUGCGUACCGAGGGAUGUGUGUCCAGCUGAGAGUUGCACAGACAAAGAUGAGUGCAAUGUCGAACCAGAAGAGCAUAAUUACAGCCCACCGAUAAAUGACAAGUGCGAGAAACCAGAGGACUUCAUCGACAAUAAUUAUGCAGCCGAGAGUGAAGAAGAAGAAGAGGAGGAGGAGGAGUCAGAACCAUGUGGAUGUGUUGUUGAUGACCAUGCAGAUCAUGCUGGUCAUCGUUUAGACUGUGUCACUAUGGAGAAGCUAAUUCUUUUGCUGUUAUUUACUCGUCAUGUUUAUCCGGAAAUUACUGAUGGCAUUCGGCGUUCUGUUUGCCAUUGCAAACGCUGA